UACAGGCAGAGAGCACACAAGCAAGAGAGUACCUUUCUUCUUCUUCUUCAUCUUCGCUUCUCUGAGCUUUAACGGAAGCUUCAAAAAUGACGGUUUCUUCAGUUUCUGCAACCCUAAUUCCCUCUCUUUCGCUCUCCAAUUCUUCCCCAUUUUCGUCCUCUAAGCCAAAGCUUUCUGCUUUCUCUUUGCAAUUCGCCAAUUGUUCUCCGAAGCUCAGAGCUCUAAAACCCUCCCAGCCGUCAACUAGGGUUUAUGCUGCUCCCGAAGUUUUGGAGCCGCCUCCAGAAACUUUGGACGGAUCAGAAACUUUGGACGGGUCUGGCGCCGAUGGAGUUGAGGUUGGAGAUUCUGAGACUCCAAGUACUUCGUCUCUCAGUGUUGGUGCUGAUGCUGACAAGGCCGCACCGAAGCAGAAAAUUAGGAUUAAACUUAGGUCUUACUGGGUACCCUUGAUAGAGGACUCCUGCAAGCAGAUAAUGGAUGCUGCAAGGAAUACGAACGCAAAAACUAUGGGUCCUGUGCCCUUGCCAACCAAAAAGCGAAUCCAUUGUGUUCUGAAAUCACCUCACGUCCACAAGGAUGCAAGGUUUCAUUUUGAGAUUCGUACGCACCAACGCCUCAUCGAUAUCCUUUAUCCAACUGCACAAACAAUAGAUUCUUUGAUGCAACUUGACCUUCCUGCUGGGGUCGAUGUGGAAGUGAAGCUAUGAGGAUGCAGGACUACGGCUGUUAGGUACUGGAGUUCUUCUAGGAAGAUGUUUCCGUGAAGAACAGAACACCGUGGCUCGCAUUUAUUCUAUCAAGGGGUGGCUGCCGGAACAUGUACGUAGUUUAUACAAAGCAAUUCUACCUUUCCAGAAAAGCCGUCUGUUUUGCUGCGUCUUUUAGGCAACUGGCCAAGCGAAGAAUGGUCAUUUUGAGUCUCGUCUCUGCUGCAGUUAUAUGUGCUUGUAAUCUGUUAGUUUUCUUUAUGAUGUAGGAUCAUGUCAACAUCUUAACAUGCACAAUGUCAUAUUGAAUUGGUAGAUUUUUCAUCGGUUUUAUUCUUGGAUUUUACCAA